GUGCCUUCGCAGUGGGCCCCGCCGCCGCGCGGGCCGGGGGGGCGCGGGCGCCGCGCGGCGCCCGAGGCGCAAAAGUAGCUGUCAAAUGCGCGGCGCCUGUCCCCGGCGCGCUCAGUGCGGCGCGGCGAGUCAUGGCGACCGCAGCCUCCAACCACUACAGCCUGCUCGCCUCCGGCUCGCCCAUGGUGCACGCCGAGCCGCCCGGCGGCAUGCAGCCCGGCGGCGGCUACCGCGACGCGGGCGCGCUGGUGCAGGCGGACUACGCGCUGCAGAGCAACGGGCACCCGCUGAGCCACGCUCACCAGUGGAUCGCCGCGCUGUCCCACGGCGGCCCCGGCGGGCCCGGCGGCGGGGGCGGCGGCGGCGGCGGCCCCGGCGGAGGCGGCGGGGGAGGCGGCGGCGGCGGCGGCGAGGCGCCGUGGGCGGCGGGCGCGCUGGGCCAGCCCGACAUCAAGCCGGCCGUGGUGCAGCCGGGCGGGCGCGGCGACGAGCUGCAGCCGCCGCCGCCGCCGCCGCAGCACCCGCCGCCGGGCCGGGCGCCGCACCUGGUGCACCACGGCGGCGGCGGCGGCGGCGGCGCCGGGCACCACGCGGCGGCCGCGGCGGCGGCGGCGGCGGCGGCGGCGGCGGCGGCGUGGCGGGCGGGCGGCGCGGCGCACCUGCCGCCCGGCAUGGCCGCGGCCAACGGCGGGCAGGCGGCGGGGCUGCUGUACUCGCAGCCGCCCGGCUUCACCGUCAACGGCAUGCUGGGCGCCGCGCAGCCCGCCCUGCACCACCACGGGCUCCGCGACGCGCACGACGAGCCCCCCGGGCCGCCCCCCGGGCCCCCCGGGCCGCCGCACCACGGCGCCGAGCACGGGGGGCCGCCCCCGCCGCCGCCGCCGCCGCCCCACGGCCCGCACCCGGGCGCCGCCGGGCCGCCGCCGCCGCCCGCCGCGCCCCCCGGGGCGCCGCACCACGAGGCGCACUCGGACGAGGACACGCCGACGUCGGACGACCUGGAGCAGUUCGCCAAGCAGUUCAAGCAGCGGCGGAUAAAGCUGGGAUUUACCCAAGCGGACGUGGGGCUGGCGCUGGGCACGCUGUACGGCAACGUCUUCUCGCAGACCACCAUCUGCCGCUUCGAGGCCCUGCAGCUGAGCUUCAAGAACAUGUGCAAGCUGAAGCCUUUGUUGAACAAGUGGUUGGAGGAGGCGGACUCCUCCUCGGGCAGCCCCACCAGCAUAGACAAGAUCGCGGCGCAGGGCCGCAAGCGGAAAAAGCGCACCUCCAUCGAGGUGAGCGUCAAGGGCGCGCUGGAGAGCCACUUCCUCAAGUGCCCCAAGCCCUCGGCCCAGGAGAUCACCUCGCUGGCGGACAGCCUACAGCUGGAGAAGGAGGUGGUGAGAGUGUGGUUUUGUAACAGGAGACAGAAAGAGAAGCGCAUGACGCCCCCGGGAGGGACGCUGCCGGGCGCCGAGGACGUGUACGGGGCCAGCAGGGACACGCCGCCGCACCACGGGGUGCAGACCCCCGUGCAGUGAACUCGCGGCGGGGGCGCCCGGCCCCUCCUGCUCCUCCUCCUCCUCCUCUCCUCCUCCUCGUCCUCCUCCUCCUCUCCUCCUCCUCCUCUUCCUCUCCUCCUCCUCUCCAUCCUCCCCCCCAACUUUUGAUCGUCCUCCUUAUCUUAUUAUUAUUUUUUUUUAAUUUGCUCCCGUCUUUCAAAAAAAAAAAAAAAACGCGCAAAAAAAAAUAAGAAAAAAAAAAUAACAAAACGAAACAAAACAAAAAAAAAAA